AACCUCCAGCCCUCAGUAGGUAUCGUCUCACUCUCAGCUAAUAUUUAUUAUUGAAUAAAGAGUCAGUCUGGGAGAAAAGCAGCUACGUUUAAAUUUAAACAGUCUGUAGAAAUGCCGACGUCUCCAGUCAAAGCGCGGAUUCCGCUCACCAGUUUCGGUCAUCUGAUAACAGAAGUGAAGAAGCAGCUGUUUGGGAUUAAGGCCCCGUCGUCGGUGCAGCUGACCGGUUGGAGGAAACACUUCAACAGCUACAGUCUGCAGGGUCGCAGAAAUUACGUCCUGGCUACCUAUGGUCUCCUGGUGGUAACGGCGGCCAUCUACGUGAUGCACAAGCGAAACAGCGAAGAAAGACAGACACCUGCUUCCUCAACCUGAUCCACAGAUGUUACUGUUAAUUUGUGAAGUGAAAGAAAGUUGUAGACCUAAAGCUGUAGCUUUUUAAUAAAGAAUUAGAUGAUAUUUGGUCACUAUUCAUUGCUGCUAGUCCUUAAGUCAAAGCUAUGGUCUUAGAAUGAAACUGCCAUUAAAGGCCUUCAAAGAAAACCAUAAAUAGAAGAAAGGUCGUAUCAACGGUGUGCACAGCGGAUGUGGUGAUUUCUUUUUAAUUCAUGGGAUUUGCAUCACUUGUGGUCAGGCAGAAACUGAGCUGGAGCCAGUUCUCCAGAAGAGGAUGAAGUGUUCGUCUGAAAAACUGCCAGAUGAAACCUGCAGCAGAGUAAAAAGGAACUCAAACAGAAAGCCCGAUGACCCACUUAGACUCCUGUGGUAAAGUUUCACUCGCACACCUCAGGGGACUAUUUGCACAUACUUCAUGAACUCAUUUUCUUGUUUUGUUCUGGCGUAAAGCAUAUUUCCUUACACAAAACCUUUUAAACAGUUACAUUUAAGGAAGUGUAAAACUUACUGAUUGCAGACGGUUUGUGUUUUAAUACAUCUAAUAGAUUAAAAUAAGUUCUUUUAAAUUCACCCAGACUGCUCCGUCAGUGAUAAAUCUUGACUAAUUAAAAAUAAUCUUUUUUUAUUAUAGAAACUUGCUUUCUGAUUAUCUUCCAUUUAUCUUGAAUCUGAAGCAGAAACACGAGUGGGACUAAACUAUUAUUUAAUCACAUUUAACGCUUAUUCAGUUAUUCCUGCACAUAAAAUCCCUUAAAUUUGCAUUUUGGGGGUUUAUUGUAAAAAUAAUCAUAACUGUAUUUAUGAGGAAGUCUCCACGCGCUUGCUGGGAGAUCACGUGAUUUAUGGGAAUCAGCUCGCGGAGAAAGAGAAAGUGAAAGCAUUUUGAACACCUGAUGCUCUCGGACCGACUCCGCCUUCUGAAGAGCUUCUAGACACUUCUGGUGGGGUUUGGACGCAAAGGAGCUGCAGAGGGAGGAGCUGCUGGAUCUACCUGCAGUAAGUAGGGUUCGGAUUAUUUACUACAUUUAUUUAUUCAUGCAGGAGCUUAACUCUGACGUGUUUUUAUGUGUUAUACUCACAUUUGGACUCAAACAUGAGACUAAAUUAAAUGUGAAGGAUCUGAAUGAAUUAGAAAAUGACUGAAUGAAUUAACUCACCUCUAUAGAAAUAAUCCUCACGUUGUCUGCACGAUCUGUGACGCCUUGUUAAUUUUGUUUGACAACAUUAAAGUAUGCCUCUCCCACCCGCAACAAAAAAAAUGUGAAGAAGAAAAGGGAACAGCUGCUUUGGUAACUCUACAACCCCCUUCAUCAGAGGAAAAAUGUCAGCACUUUAAAGUAUUUUUUAUUCAUAAUUCAAACUAAACCUCGUGAUCUUUGUUUUAUCCUGAAGUCUAGUUCAGAUGAAAUCAGAUGUGACCAACUAUGACAUCCAAGAAAAUUCACUAAUCUGCUUAGUUUAAAAGAUGCAACAAAAGUGAAACCAAAAUAAAAUUCAAUAUUAAAAAUAUUAUAAAUCUACCUGCACAUUAAUGCAUUAGUUUAAAUGCAUUGCAUUUGUUCAUAUUUUGCAUUCAUGUGUAAUUUGCAACUUUUUUGCACUCACCCAGUCUUUAUUGCUGACUCAGGAACAUGUUCCUUUACAUUUGAAUAAAACAUCUGACAAAGAACUAAACUGUUUACAUAUCUAUUGUUUAUUUGCAUGAAACAUGCAGUUUUUCUUUUCUUUUACUAAACUAGUACAUCUCAAAAUAUGAGAUAUUUUCAUUUGACUCCACAAAGGAAAACCACAGAUUUUCACAUUUUCUGCCUCCACCCCUUUUUUUCCAAGAAAGUGAAAGUGUUUAGAUGCAAUUAACGGUUAUGGCGCCCUUUGAUGACAAACAAAAGGAUCUGACACAAACUUGGGUUUUUCACAGGACCCGGACUGGUUUUAGCUGCAGAGUGGGACUUCUCAGAGCUAUUCAGUCUCUGAAAUGCUGAACACAUGAGAUGUUAUACCAUAGGGGAAAAUAUUUUUGCAAAAAGAACGUCACAAAAGUGUAGUUACAAGAUACAGAAUACAGCUAAAUGAAAUAAACAUAGCUUGUCUGAACUUAAAAAGUUUCAGAUGCGUUUUAAUUCAAAACAAUAAAUAGUUUAUAUAAAUUAAUACAUCAUAGAAGAACAUAUAAAACUUCAUGUUUGGAGCAAUUCAUUCAGUGUUUCGGGUCCAGAAGUGAUAUUAAUGUCUAGCUUUAUCUUUGUAUUUGUCUUGUCAUCCUAAUUUAAUUGUUUUUGGAUGUCGUUUAUGGCUUUAUCAGAUUACCUCUUUAUCGUGUUCAAAUUUAAAUCUGUUGUUUUGUUAAAAGUAAAAGUUAAGAUGAACCAGGUGAAACCAAAAGACGGGGAUCACGGCGUAAAAAGCUAAAUGUUUGAUGAUGUUUUAAAUGAUGUUGAGUGAUCGUGUUUCAUUCUUUUUGUGUUUCAGCUCCGAUGACGCCUCACUGAGUUCUGUGGUCGUCCCUGAUAAAAUAAACGCAGCAUGGAGUCUGAAAUACGGCCAGGGAGCCAGUGACCGAGCAGGAAAGAGUCAGCGAUGGAGAAUCUGCCUGUGAAGCCUGAACGAACUGGUGCCACGGGCGGCCACGAGGACGACUUUCCUUUCGAGGAUGGUCAGAGACAGCUUGGACAGAACAAUAGAGCAUAACCAAAAACAGGACCAAACAAUUGAGCCACACAGCUGGAGCCAGACCUCAGAGGAAGCAGUGGUUCCUGAACAAUCACAGAACUCACAGACCAUUAACGCAGAGAGCAAAGAGCCAUCAGAGAGGCAGCUGGACUUUCUGCUCUGGAGCAAACUGAGCAGUGAGGAGGAGUCCAAGUCCUGGAGCCCGCCUCUCACCGGAGCCGACGCCAACAGCUUGCCCACGCACCUCCGCACAUUUAGCAGUGCUGCAGAGUAUCAGCUGGUGAAACGCACCUACCAGCAGCUCCAACACAGCGGUUACUACUGGGGUCCGAUGACCAUGGAGGAGGCACAUGAAAUACUCACGCAGUUACCACAGGGGACGUUCCUCAUCAGGGACAGUGGCCAGUCAGAUGUUUUCUUCACUCUGAGCUACCAAAGCGAAGACAAACCAACUAGCGUUCGGAUCCAGCUGAACAACCUGCUCUUCAGUCUGUGUGGCAGCCACAGGACUUUUGCGUCACUCUUUGCCCUGCUUGCUUUUUACACCAGCUCAAUCUGUAAACUGACUGAGCCCUAUCGAAAGCAACGGCCCGAGCGCCUAAAGCAGAUGUGCCGGAGAGCUUUAGUUUGCACGCAUGGAGCUGAAAAUGCAACCUCCAUGCCUGGACUCAGCCCUCAACUUAAAGCGUACGUUUGUGCGUACCCUCACAGUCUAUAAAACAAACGAGUGGAUACCGUGUCUUUUUAUGUUUGUUUUAUAAAAUAUUCAUUUAUGCAGAAUUUACAUAUUUUUGUAUAACAUAUAUAAAAAACAGGCAGUUUUGACAUAUUUAAUUUACAGACUUUGUCAGUUUUUACUUGUUGUCAUUGAUUUUUAUUAAACAUCACCUUUGGUUCUGUUCAAAAAUGCACUAUUUGAAGACUGGUUACUAAGACAGAUGGAUAAACAUUUAGAAGUGUGUGUGUGUGUGUGUGUGUGUGUGUGUGUGUGUGUGUGUGUGUGUGUGUGUGUGCGUGUGCGUGUGCGUGUGCGUGUGUGUGUGUGUGUGUGUGUGUGUGUGUGUGUGUGUGUGAUGAAUGAAUGUGAAGUCUCUGAGGUUUCCCAACGAAAUCUUUUUACUCGCUAAAAAAGUCUCCAUGUCUGCAACUAUCUCCAUAUUUUCUGUUUGUAACUGAGUUUAUUUAUUUUGUGACAAAACAAUUUAUAUUUUAACAAAUCCUGUUUAUUUACAUGUUAGAGGAACAGGUAACAUCGCUUACAGGAACAGGUAACAUCGCUUACACUGUCUGACUUACUUCUUCCCGUCUCAUGUUUUAUUUAACACAGUGAAUUUAGCAAAGUCACUGUAGUACGAGUCAUUUAAACUUGAGAAUCCCUUAUUUGAAUAGAAUAUUAUGCAUUUUGUCUCCCUGUUUAAAUAUGUUUAGCACCCAUGAUGAAUUUGUUGAGUAAUGCUGUUAUUUGUGUGUUUGAACUAUGUGUAACUUGAACUGUGGCUGUGAAGUGAAUCAAGUCAUCAAUAAGACUAAAGGACUCCACAGAUGAGUUUUAGAUUAUCCGGAAGUUUUUGGCUUUGCUGUGAUUCAAGAACAUGAUUUGUGCAAUUUCAAAAAUCUGAUAUAGAACACAUCAACACUUGAAAUAGUAAUCUUACUUGUAUUUUCAUACUUAGGUACUAUAUGCCACUUUAAUUGUUUUAAAUCCUGUUAAUAUAAAUAAAUGGUUGUUUCAUUUGUGAA